AUGUCUCAACCUCAACAGAGCUACCCGCUCCAUAGCCGCGACGAAACCACGCUGGACCCACGACGACAGUCGCAAUCGCAACAGUAUGGCCAGGACCCAAGUAUCACACCCAUGACCUCGUAUGAGGCAAUGCGAGAGUACGACAGCCCCCCCUCACCACCGCCGCAUUUUGGGCACUCUUCGAACGUCCCUAUACCAUCAGUACCGCGCCGCGCGGUCGGCUCUCCAACCCGGCACGAACUUCCGCAGAUUCCUGGGAGCACGUACAGCGACGGGAGGCAACCCGAUACUCGAUACUGGGGACGGGAUACCGGUAACUCUACGCAACAACAGCUUCCUCGAAGAGAGUCGGAUACGACGCCGGGCAUGGAUAACCUUGGCGAACGGGCGGCAGGAGGCGGAAUACCUGGGCUUGCACUUGGCGUCGCAAACACAAACGAGAGGGAUAGCGGAGUUCAAGCGCUGCAAGGGAUUGACACCAUAAGCCGCAGCGGUAAUGGAUAUAGGGGUGCCCCUGGACCAGCCGAGAGAGACAUUAACAACGGAUCGGACCUUAGCUUACCGUACCCAAACCCUAGCUUCUCAGGCCGGCAGGGUCUCCAAUCGAAUACUUCCUAUAAUUCGUACGGCUCCGGCGCACCGCUGGCGGGCGCGGCCCCUGGACCUCCAUCGACAGCUAUCGGUGGUAACUACUCAACCGGCAGUCUAUCUUCUGGAAGCCGACAUGUCGACUCCAGCUAUGCCUACCCCGACAACCCAUACAACAUGUACUCAUCUACUCAUCUAGCGACUGCCUAUCCUGGAGGGCCUAUCGAUCCCAUGGACAUUGCAGAUGACGGCGACGAUGAUUUGAGAUCUCAAACGCCCAAUACCAAAAGGAGGUCACUGCUCAGUAUAGGGCGGAACACUCGAAGUCGAGAGGGCCUUCCCAUCGCUGCCGCUGGCGCUGUAGGCGGAGCCGCAACCGCAGGAACCCUGGCAGGCUUGAGCAACCGAGACGGCAGCGGCCAAUACGCCCCCGUGCCCGCUCAAGCUGACGGCAUAGGCAGCAACGGCAGCGACGGCGGUGCGGAGAAGAGCGAGUGGCUGAACCGACAAACCAGCGGCAACAAGCGAUUGAAGUGGAUAGUAGGCACAAUAAUCGGCAUCAUCAUCCUGCUUGCGAUUGCCGGCGGUGUAGCUGGUGGUGUCCUCGCCAAUCGCAACAAGCCCGCAGCCUCCCACGGCCAGUCAGCGGCAGACGACGCAAAGUCGAAUGGCGACCUCAGCGCCUCCUCCGCCGAGAUCAAGGCCCUGCAGAACCCGGACCUCAAGAAGGUUUUCCCAGGCAUGGACUAUACGCCGCUAAACUCGCAGUACCCAGACUGCAUGCACAACCCGCCGUCGCAGAACAACAUUACCCGGGACCUAGCGGUGCUCAGCCAGCUAACCCCUGUAAUCCGGCUGUACGGCACCGACUGCAACCAGACCGAGAUGGUGCUCCACGCCAUCGACCGACUAGGCAUCCAAGACAGCAUGAAAGUCUGGCUCGGCGUCUGGCUCGACAAGAACACGACGACCAACGCGCGGCAAAUCAGCCAGAUGUGGAGCGUGCUGGACACGUACGGCUCCAGCCCGUUCGCCGGCGUGGCCGUCGGCAACGAGGUCCUCUACCGCGAAGACCUGACCAACCUCGAGCUGGCGCAGGUGCUCGCGGACACGAAGCAGAACUUCACGGACCACGGCUUCGCCGACCUGCCGCUCGCAACGUCGGAUCUGGGCGACAAUUGGACCGCGGAGUUGGCGGCGGAGGUCGAUGUCGUCAUGGCGAAUGUGCAUCCGUUCUUUGCGGGCGUCACGGCGGAGGCGGCGGCCGGGUGGACGUGGAAUUUCUGGACGACGCAUGAUGUCGUGCUGGCGCCGAGCAAGGAGCAUGUGGUCAGCGAGGUCGGAUGGCCUGGCGCGGGGGGGAACAACUGCGGCGGCGCGGUUUGUACGAGCGAUACGCAGGGGAGCAUUGCAGGGAUCGAGGAGAUGAACACGUUCAUGGAGGAGUGGGUGUGUGAGAGUUUGACGAAUGGGACGAAUUACUUCUGGUUCGAGGCGUUCGAUGAGCCCUGGAAGGUCCGCUUCAAUAAGGGCGAUCAGAACUGGGAGGAUCAGUGGGGGCUUAUGGAUGUGAAUCGCAAACUCAAGCCUGGCGUCAAGAUUCCGGAUUGUGGCGGCAGGAGGGUGGGAUAA